GAAUGAAUUUCCCAAUUUGUAUAUAGAAUGAUUGAGUGAAUUGAUCAAACGCAACAAGAUUGUGGACUUGGACGGACGAACGAGUUGCAUAAUCUUUCUAGUUUGUUAUAUCUUCAUUGAACAUGGGCAAUAUUACUACGACUACCAUGGUCCCCACGGUCUCGUCAUCGUCAACACCUAUCAUCAACAUCGGAUCUCUAUCUUCAAGUUGGUCAGAAGGCCUAAGUGAUACACCAAUCAUUCUUGACUACUCUGACUCUGUUCAGAGUUCUGAAAGUAGCGAUCUGGAUGAAGGCACACCUACUGCAACGUCCUUAACGAAGGAGAUGCUGACAAGUUCCUGUCAGGACACUGGUAUUUUCCCAGAUUCCAGUCCGCCGCUAUUACAUGGAUUCCCCGGUGGGUUUAUCUCCGGCGUAGCAUCUCUUACUCUCCUGCUCAUCAUCGUCGCUCUGGUUGUCUAUACCAUUCGUAAACGACGUCGACAUGACCACGCUUUACCACCUAAUGUCAACGUGUCAGCACUAGCAGAAGGGGUGUAUCAAGAAUAUAAUGGACAGCCGAAAAAGGUAGAGGGGGUGGCAUCAACUAAGGGCGGCGAUGGCCAACAUUACCAGGAGAUUAUUACUAUUAAACACGAUCAGUUCAUUGCAAAUAAAGGAGCUAACAAGGAUAAUCUUGUGUCAUCAGACAACGAAUAUGUUUACACUGAUGUAGGGUAUAAGUCAGAUAACGAACCCACUUACUCAAAUGUCAAAGUAUUUCUAGGGCAAUCACCAAACAUGCAAAGUACCACGGUGUAAACUUGUGUGAUUUCAAAUGAGAAGGAAAUUACCCCCUCUCCCCUCAUAAAGAGGUGUCAUGGUCUCCAGGGCGAUGACCUUGAUGCAGUUUACUGUCAGAUGAUAGGCUAACGGGGUUCGAAUCACUAGCACGCCACCAACGUCCUAUCUACAGUCGCCACUCUUUAUCCUAAACAAUAAAAUUGUUUGUGAUGAAUAAAAGAAAGGUUAUUGAAUGAUUAAGCACUUAGGAUAGAAAUGUGUUUAAAAAUAUCAACGUUUAAAAGCAGUAUAUUAUCAUACUGGGCUAUAUAAGCAGAAAGGAAUCAGAUAAACAGAGAUAAUUAGAAUAAAAGAG